AUCAACGACAAGUACUCGAACAAUUAAGACAUAUCUACCUAUUUUUUUCCUGCAUUCAGUGUACUCUCGAAAUUCAGUAUUGAGCGAUGGCUAAUAUCAAGGUGCCUAACGGAAAACCCGGUGUAAUUGUCCUUGGUGGUUGUGGAUUUAUUGGUCGUAAUCUUGUAGAAUACUUGAUUGAAAAUGAUCUGGUUUCAUACUUGAGGGUGAUAGAUAAAGUGCCACCACAAACUGCUUGGUUGAAUGUUAAACAUCAAAAAAUUUUUGAGCAUCCAUUAGUUGAAUUUAAAAGUGCUAAUCUUAUAAAUCCAAUUUCCUGUCAAAAUGCAUUUACUCCUGACAAUCCAAUUACUUAUAUAUUUAACUGUGCUGGUGAAACUAAGAGUGGUCAAACUGAUCCAGUUUACAAAGAAGGAAUUUAUAAAUUGAGCAUAAACUGUGCACAGCAAGCAGCUAAGCUUGGCAUUGAGCACUAUGUUGAAAUUUCUUCUGGAAAUUUCAUUUGUUCCGAAAAGAUGCCAUUUAAGGAAGACGAUACAGCUGAACCAUGGACUUUUGUAGCAAAAUACAAGCUUCAGGUUGAAAAUGAAUUAAAGACAGUUGUCGGGCUGAAAUAUACUGUACUCAGGCCUGCCAUAGUGUAUGGUCCAGGAGAUCGAAAUGGUUUAGCACCUCGUUUAGUGAUUGGAGCCUUGUACAAACAUUUAGGUGAAAUGAUGAAGUUACUGUGGGGACCUGAUUUAAAAAUGAAUACAGUUCAUGUGAGGGAUGUUGUUCGAGCUAUGUGGCAUGUAGCUACAAAACCAAAUGCUGUUGGACAAAUAUACAAUCUUGUAGAUAACGGAAAUUCUACUCAAGGCUCCAUCAGUUCUAUCAUUUCUGAAAUUUUUAACAUUAAUCAUGAUUACUGGGGCAAUACUUUGUCUUCAAUUGCCAAGAUGGAUAUGAAUGGAGUUGUGGAGGAGAUCAACGAUAAGCACAUGGAGCCUUGGGCAGAGGCUUGCAAUAAAGAUGGAGUAGAAAAUACUCCUCUUUCUCCUUACAUAGAUCAAGAGCUUCUUCAAUAUCAUCAUUUGCACUUGAGACCUGGAAAGUUAUCUGAAAAUACUGGUUUUACAUACAUGUAUCCGCAAAUGACUAAGGAAUUACUGAAACAAGUCUUGGAGGAUUACGUUGCCAUGAAGAUUUUUCCACACUCUCUAGUUUAAUAAGAUGAUGGAAGCUCUCAAGGACAAAGCGUUACACCUUGUGCCUGACGCUAUUUUUAUAUACGCGUCACAUAUUACAUAUUAUUACGAUCCUUACCGACUAGGAUAUUUAAAAGGCCUACCAGAGCAUGUGAUAAAAGGAUAGCAAUGUAUGUGUACUUAAAAAAUAAUAUGGAUUAGAGCGCUAGUCAUGUUCCAGUGUGGUUUUUUGGAACGAAAUAAUGAAUUUCAAACAGAUUACUAGCGAUAUAUAACUUCGAAACAUUUGCCUUUGUUUCGAAAAAGUAUUUUUUUUACCACUGCGGUCGUGUACUUUAUGAGUAGGACUUGAUCAUUUUUAUAUUUCUGUCAAGUUAUGUGUAUAUUUUUUUAUAAGAAAAAGAUUUGAUUUAUUGUUAUCAACUUUCAUAACAUUUACUUUUGUAACUUGCACCUAUAAAUUUCAAAAUAUUCGCUUUAUUAUACAUUCCAUCAUUGCUCUCUGGUUUUUUAUAAUCUACAUUUCCUCAGGAUCUUGAUAUUCUUACUGUAUUUUUAUUAUAUACUGUACAUUCCGCAACGAAAAGGAAUUGAAUGCAUUGAAUCGUUGCACUUCCAGUAUCCGAAGGCUGCGCAGUGAUUUAAUAGUAAAGAUAAAAUUUGUUCAACCUUUUAGUGACGUAAUAUUACUUAUUAAUAAUCACAGUACAAAAAAAUAGUCAUUUAUAAAGCGUCAUAUAUACUUGCAGUAACACACAAAUCAAAUUUCAAUUUCAAUGAUACAACUCGGCAUAUGGAAUAAAAAAAACACAGCUGCAAUAAUCAACGACUCGAAAGUAUAAACAAUGAAAGGACAUAACCUUUACACGUAAAACUGCUG